AUGCUGGAGGAGCCGUUUACCUAUCCAAACUCUGGACAGUACUUCACCAGAUGUGCAGUGGUUAUCAAGCCGUCAGCAGGAAGUUUUCAGAGGUGAAUAAAUUUCUUUUUCAAUUUUGCCACUGAACAUUUUGGUCGAAGUGUUCCAUAUCCCUUUGUUAUUAUAACCGUCAUUUUGGGUGCUUCAGUUACAUAGAUGGUGAUGAUUUGCAUAUUGGUAUUUCGGAUUCCUUCACUGUUGUACAUUCAUUUUGGAAUCAUGGCGUGUUGUCCGAAAGUUGGUACUAAUUCUGUUAUCAAUAAUCAUUGAUGUACAUUUUUAGGCGAUAAUUGGGGAGAUUCCAUAGUUGUUUGCAGGCUACUUCCUUUUUUCUUCAAUAAUUUAGAAUGGUUUGAUAGCUCAUUGAUCUCGUUUUUGCAACUUUACUCAUCCGAGUAUAAUUAUUACGUAAACAGGUAUACCUACUAACCUGAAACGUUCAGCAUUUCAGAACUACGACGAAAUGAAAUGGAACUGCUUCGAUUUCGUUCUGAACUUCCUAAAAUUCAUAAACUUUGGUUGUUACACCAAGGCCCAAUUCGUUCAAAAAUUUUUUUACUCGUUUGAUUGUCGAAUUUAUGUACCGUAAGAUGAAAAGCAGAACUUUCUGUAAUUAUUUGCCAUAGCCAGGAUCCAAUCGAUGCUAUUCAAAGUUGUAAUUUUCUGAUUUUUGUCAUUAUCAGAACAAUAAACAUGCUACGCAACACGUAUUUCAUUUUUGAGCUAGUUAUGUAAAAUCGCUUACAGUGUACUUUUCAUUCAAGCUGUGCAGUUCAUAGUUAUACUUUGUUGUAUCAGAUGGCUGAAUUCUUGGAAGAUUUCGGAUCAAAUGAUGCCAAUAGGAUAGUUGAUCGGAAUGAUUUUCGAACGAAUCAAUUUCAAAUAUUCACCCAUGAGUAUCGAGAUAAAAGCAAUCCGACUUGUUGUGGUAAUAAUUUGGAAUAGCAACAACAAAAACAAGUCAAUCAAUUUUCAGCAGAAAACGGCAAUGACCACUCCAAGUGCGCGAAAGAAGAAGCGAGUGCAAGGAAUUCAAAAAAAGAAAUAGUGAACAUAACUCGAAAACUGCAGAAAGCUCUUAUAACAUUAGAAAUGUUCGUUUCAGGAAAAUAGUUCUCACAUGCUUGGUUUUGAAAAUUGAAAUAAUUUCAGGAUGAACAACUCUGGAGCGGUAGAUAAUGUGCUAGAAGCCAUAAGAUUUAUCAACGGGCAGCUUCGUGAACUCAUCGUUAAAAAUUCAUCGGAAUUCUCAGCAAAAACUAUUCCCUUGCCGGAAUAUGAUGAAAUGGAUAUGAAAUGCUUUCUCGGCGACGAACAGGUUUGAUGAUGCUUCUCAGAGGAUUGAAACAUACACAUGGCUUCACCAUGGAGUUACUUAUUCUGGAGAUCACUUGAAAUCGCCGGCCCACGACAUGUCUGAUUUAUGGUAUCUUUUUCAGAUUGCGAAUAGUCGAUCAAUGGUGCAGCUCGUGAAUGAAGACGCAAUGAAAACUAAAACCGAGUUGGAUCUGACUGUUGCAAAAGCAGAACUCCUUCUCCGAGAAUACGAAAAAUUGAAAAUGGAAACUCACGGACGAGAAUUAUAA